UUCAGUAAACAAUAGAAGUUCAAGAACAUGGAGGCAGCGCGCCCUCCCCCGACGGCAGGGAAGUUCGUGGUGGUCGGAGGCGGCAUCGCGGGAGUCACCUGUGCGGAACAGUUGGCUAUUCACUGUCCAUCAGAAGAUAUUAUCCUGGUAACAGCUUCUCCUGUUAUUAAAGCAGUCACAAAUUUCAAGCAGGUUUCUAAAAUAUUAGAAGAAUUUGAUGUUGAAGAACAACCUCGCACCAUGUUAGAAAACCGCUUUCCCAACAUUAAGGUUAUAGAAUCUGGAGUAAAGCAACUGAAGAGUGAAGAGCAUUGCAUUUUAACAGAAGACGGCAACCAAUACAUAUAUAAGAAGCUCUGCCUGUGUGCUGGAGCUAAACCAAAAUUGAUAUGUGAAGGAAAUCCUUAUGUAUUAGGAAUUCGUGAUACAGACAGUGCUCAGGAAUUUCAGAAACAACUCACUAACGCUAAAAGAAUAAUGAUAAUAGGGAAUGGUGGUAUUGCACUUGAGUUAGUGUAUGAAAUUGAAGGCUGUGAAGUGAUUUGGGCCAUCAAAGAUAAAGCUAUUGGGAAUACUUUCUUCGAUGCAGGCGCAGCUGAAUUCUUGACUUCAAAGCUCAUUACUGAAAAAACAGAAGCUAAAGUUGCACAUAAAAGAACCAGAUAUACAACUGAAGGAAGGAAAAAGGAAUCAAAAACCAAAGCUCAGGCUAAUAAUGUAGGCAGUGCCUUGGGACCUGAUUGGCAUGAAGGCUUGAAUCUUAAAGGAACAAAAGAGUUUUCUCGUAAGAUUCACAUUGAAACCAAGUGUGAAGUAAAGAAAAUCUACCUUCAGGAAGAAUUUACAAUUUUGAAAAAAGAGUCCUUGACUUUUCCAAGAGACCAUCAUAGUAAGUUGGUUAAAACAGCUGAUAAAGAGAGGUGGCCAGUGUAUGUGGAAUUGACCAAUGAAAAGAUAUAUGGCUGUGAUUUCAUUGUUAGUGCUACAGGAGUAACACCAAAUAUAGAACCUUUUGUCCAUGACAACAAUUUUAAUCUAGGAGAAGACGGUGGCCUGAAAGUGGAUGAUCAUAUGCACACAUCACUUCCUGAUGUCUAUGCUGCAGGUGACAUCUGCACUGCAUCAUGGCAACUGAGCCCAGUCUGGCAGCAGAUGAGGCUGUGGACCCAGGCAAGACAAAUGGGGUGGUAUGCAGCAAAGUGCAUGGCUGCAGAUAGUUUAGAAGACUCUAUUGACAUGGAUUUCAGCUUUGAACUUUUUGCUCAUGUAACAAAAUUUUUUAACUAUAAGGUUGUACUAUUAGGAAAAUACAAUGCACAGGGCUUAGGUUCAGAUCAUGAAUUAAUGCUGAGAUGUACCAAAGGGCAAGAAUACAUCAAAGUCGUCAUGCAGAAUGGACGAAUGAUGGGAGCUGUCUUAAUUGGUGAAACUGAUUUGGAAGAAACCUUUGAAAACCUAAUUCUAAAUCAAAUGAAUCUUUCAUCAUAUGGAGAAGAUCUGCUAGAUCCAAAUAUUGAUAUAGAAGAUUAUUUUGACUGAAAAGGCAUUUCCAGAACUAAGACAAAGAAAUCUCAAGCCAAUAAACUGAGUGACUUUAUUGAUUUAGUGAUGAACACACUGAAGUUAAAAAUUCAGAAAUGAUAGUCAUUUUAGUGGACAGAUAUGGGGGAAAAAACAUGUUCUAAGGACAAAAUCAACUCAGAUAUUGAUAGGUAUGUUUCUCUAACAUAAAAUCGACUACUUAAAAUUGCUUAAGAAAUCUUAAAUUACUCAUUUCUGUGUUUAAACUUAGACAUAUUCAUUUGUGAUUUAGAUUUGGAACAAAUUCACCUAGGUGCUUAUGUGCUUAGCCAAAACAUGCUCUAGUAGACAACUAGAGUCAUUCUCUGAUGCAGAUUGUGAGAUGGCAAAAUAGGUCUGUGGUUUUAAUAAACUUACAGUUGUAUUCUACUCAAAGAGUAGUUGUAGCAAUACCUUAUUUGC